AACUCCACCACACCAUCCAGAAAAUUUUCGAAAUUCUCGAGUGACAUUAAUUUGGUUUCAUUAUUAUUACUAUGAGUUCUAGUUCUUAUGAUAUCCCUUUGCCAUCGUCCCUUUUGCCAAGCGAGGCAUCGCCGGAGUGGAACAACAAAGCAGACAACGCGUGGCAGCUCACGGCGGCAACCCUAGUGGGCCUCCAGAGCGUUCCCGGGCUCGUGAUCCUAUAUGGCAGCAUGGUAAAGCGCAAAUGGGCCGUGAACUCGGCGUUCAUGGCCCUGUACGCCUUCGCGUGUGUGCUCAUUUGUUGGGUUUCAUGGGCACACCGCAUGGCGUUCGGGGCCAGGCUUUUACCCUUUGUGGGAGCGCCCAACCAUGCCUUGGCCGAGAAGUUUCUCCUCGCAAAGUCAACAAUUGGGUAUUUUCCAAUGGCUGACUUUGUGUUCUACCAGUUUGCUUUUGCCGCAAUUACUCUUGUGUUGCUUGCAGGGUCCUUGCUUGGGAGAAUGAACUUCUAUGCGUGGAUGAUGUUUGUCCCUUUGUGGCUUACGUUGUCUUAUACCGUUGGUGCCUUCAGCAUAUGGGACGAUGAUGGGUUCCUUCAGGGAAAAAUAAUUGACUAUGCUGGUGGGUUUGUCAUUCAUUUGUCUUCUGGCGUUGCGGGUUUCACAGCUGCUUAUUGGGUUGGUCCAAGAAUUUCACAGGACAGGCAAAACUUUCCACCAAACAACAUAAUUCACGUGCUUGGAGGUGCAGGGUUUUUGUGGAUGGGUUGGACAGGUUUCAAUGGUGGAGCUCCAUUUCAAGUGGGAGAAAUCGCAUCCUUGGCCAUUUACAAUACCCAUCUUUGCACUGCCACAAGCCUACUCGUUUGGCUUACGCUUGACAUGAUUGUAUAUACCAAGAGCUCAGUCAUAGGUGCUGUCCAGGGAAUGAUCACUGGCCUCGUCUGCAUCACACCAGGUGCAGGCUUGGUGGAUCCAUGGGCAGCAGUAUUGAUGGGAGCAUUGUCUGGUUCCAUUCCAUGGUACACAAUGAUGGUGCUACACAAAAAAUCCGCAUUCUUUCAAAGUGUAGAUGACACAUUAGGAGUCUUUCACACUCAUGCUGUGGCUGGUCUUCUUGGGGGUAUCCUUUCUGGCGUGUUUGCCAAACCCGACCUUCUAAGAAUAAUGUAUCAAGAUACAAAUUAUUGCCCCGGCUUAUUCUACACCUUUUUUAAGGGGGAAGUGGACCAUGGCUUUAGGCAAAUUUGGUACCAAUUACUUGGAGCAGGUUUUAUUAUUGUUUGGAAUGUUGUUAUUACUAGCCUCAUUUGUAUUCUCAUAAGCCGCAUUGUGGAUCUUAGGAUGAAAGAAGAGGAUCUUGAGGUUGGUGAUGAUGCUGCCCAUGGGGAAGAAGCAUAUGCAUUGUGGGGUGAUGGAGAGAGAAUGAGGAUCCCUCUUCGUCUUCAUAUAGGUCCAACAAUUCCUUCCUUGUGCCGAAAAAGGUUUUCAAUUCCUCUCACUAGGAAAGAAGGAGAAUAGAUGUUGCAUACUUGCAUUUGCA